AUGACAAAAUCAUACGCAUCUAAAUCAAAAUCAUUUUUCAAUAAUAGAUUUAUAACGGGUCCUGAUAGAUCAUAUUUUAUACUGGCAUUGAUUUUAAUGUUUGUGCCCGAAAUACCCUUUUUAAUAUUUAUAUGCCCUUUGUUUCAAGAAUGGAUUACACCUGCAAUUUAUGUAGUUUCAAUUUAUUUAUGGAUAGGAUCAUAUAUAUUUAUGCUCGAAGCAGCAUUUACAGAUCCAGGUAUUAUACCAAGAGGUGUUUAUGAUGAUGAUGCAUUUUCACAAAGACAACCUUUAUAUAAAAAGAUUACAGUUAAAGAUCAAAUAUUAGAAAUAAAGUGGUGUGAUACAUGUUGUUUAUAUAAACCACCAAGAGCAAAUCACUGCGGUAUUUGUAAUAAUUGUGUUGAGCAUUUCGAUCAUCAUUGUCCAUAUAUAGGAAAUUGUAUAGGGAGAAGAAACUACCAAGCAUUUUUAUAUUAUUUAUGUACAUUGGGAUUUAAAUGUUUGUUUAUUAUUGGAUUUUGUAUAGCACAUAUUGUUAUCGAGGCAGUACGUUAUAGAAGAGAUCACGAAGAUGCAUCAAGUGCUAAAGUUUUUAAUGAAGCAAUGAGUAAAUCUCAUUAUCUUUCAAUUAUCUUUAUAACUUAUAAAAAGGGGAAUCCAUACAAAAAAUCUUAUUGGAGAAAUUUUAUCGAGGCAUUUAGUCCACCAAGAUAUCCAAGUUAUAUUAAAUUCACCAUAGAUAAUGAAAAAGAGUUAUCAGACUUACCUAUAGCCUCCUCCCAGCAGCAAGAUAUUCAAACUAAUAAUGGUGAUACAACCAAUCUAUAUACUCCACCUAUUUCACCUCCAACUGGUAUUAGAUAUUCAUUAGAUAAUCUAAGAUCUUCAACAAACAGUAAUAAAUCAAGUAAAAAUGAUGAAAAUAAUCAACAAAAUAGUUAUAGUAAUAAUAUAAAUAAUAUUAAAAACAAUAAUAAUAACAAUAGUAGUGGUAAUAACAACAAUAGUAAUAAUGAAAAUAAAAAUAAUAAUCAAAAAGAUGAAUCAAAUAGUAAUAGCAGUAGCGGUGCAGAGGCUUAUGACGAAGAUGAUGAUCAAACUACAAACGAUGGAGAUGAUGAAGAUUUCAAGAGUGAUAAUGACAAAGAUAUAACUUCAGUUUCUAUGAACCAUGAAUUGCAGGUUCAUUCAUAA